AUGGGGCUUUUAACCAUCUUCAGUUGCCUCGUCGCGCUCUUCCUGGCCCGUUGGUUCACCCUGCUCCGACGCAGUCUACAGGCAGCAAAAAAGACCGGCCUUCCAUAUACCUGUAGACCACUUUACGAAGGAGUCCUCGCCUAUCUGCUGUGGAUGCCCAUUCUUGAUUACUUGAUAGACUACCUGUCAGACUGGCUCGCGACAAUACUGGACCCCAGUGACUAUGCGGGUAUCUACCGUAGCUGGCGGUUCAAAGCAGGAUAUGAAAACCAUCGUGUGCUAGGGGAUGUGUUCCUAGUCGUGUCCCCAGGGUCCCUAGUCCUGGAGGUGGCGGACCCGCAUGUGUGUGCUCAGAUAACGGAUAGACGCAUGGACUUUGUUAAGGAUUUUGAUACAUAUCUGCCGUUACGUAUACUUGGCCGCAACAUCGUCGAGACCGAAGGCGAGACCUGGAAAAGGCAUCGCCGUGCUGUUACGCCGCAGUACACUGAUGCCAUUCACGCAUUCGUCUGGGACCAAGCAACCAUUAUAGGAAGGGAAAUGCUCUCGGAAUGGAAGCAUCUAGAAGGUGCAGAUACGCCUAUUAAAGCGCCAUAUACCUCGCGUGAAUCCAGAGACCUAGGAACGUUGGCUAACCGCGUCGUUAUGGCUGCCGUGUUUGGUGUUUCUUUAUCAUUGAGAACAGGGAAAUCUCCAGAAGCGCUGGCACUGUCUGAAUUUGCCCGCUCUAUGGAAGUCAUCAAUGCAGGUCUUCUCUUUGUGAUGAUUUUUCCACAAUUGGUGAUGCCGUACGUGCCGGGUAUUGGUCACCUAUCAAAGGCGAUGAAUCAUGUGAAUUUAUAUAUGAAAAACAUUCUGGACCUCCACAUAAACGCGAAGGAUAAGCCCGAGUCCUCUGCCAAAGCCGGUAUAUUGGACGGCCUAUUGAAAGUACUGGCGCCGCCAGGCACUGUACCAACAGAAGACCAGUUAUCACGUAGCGACGUGGCUGGAAACAUGUUCGCAUUAGCAUUCGCUGCCUCAACAACAUCGGCGGAAACCAUGCACUUCUCCAUGGUUCUGCUUGCCCUCUAUCCAAAAGUGCAGCUCUGGGUCAUGGAGGAGCUGGACCAGCUUGCGGUCGAGUACGGGCAGCUGAAUGAGGGGUGGAAAUACCAGAACGUGUUCCCUAAGCUGAUCAGACUUUCAUGUGUCCUGAUGGAGACACUGCGCCUCUUCCCCGCAGUACCCAUGAUCCCGAAGUGUGUCGAGGACAGGCCUCAAAUCCUCAGCUACAAAAACAGCACCUUCGUCCUCCCGCCCCACACAUUGAUCGCGCUCUCCGCCUGCGCACUGCACCGUAACCCAAAAGUAUGGGGAGCCGACGCCGGCGAGUUCCGUCCCGAGCGGUGGCUCGCCGACAACGGAAAGUCCCUACGCCCGGAGCCGGUAGAGGGGUGCUUCAUUGGCUUCAGUCGUGGGACGAGAAGAUGCCUCGGUAGGCGAUUUGCAGAAGCAGAGUAUGCAGCCGUGCUGUCGGAGGUUUUACGAAACUGUAGGAUUGAGCUGGCGCCCCAGAAGCCGGGCGAGACGGUGAAGGAGAUGAGUCUCAGGGCGAGAAAAGUGUUGGAGAUGAGCAGAACAGGUUUUACGUUGCGUGUUGGGGGGAAGGUGAUGUUGAGAUUUGUCGAUAGGUUUUAG